CUUCUGUCAUAUUCUACAGGUCACACAGAACAGCCUGUUUCACUGUCAGAGGAGACUGCACAAGCGCAUUGAUACAGAAUGGAAGAUUCAUUGGGGCCAUCAUGAAAGCUGGCUAUUGCUAAUGGGUGCAAGUGCUUUCUAAACUGUAUAAUGCUAUACAGAUGACAAAAGUGCUUCUUUACAAAGGACUGAAGUAAGAACGCCACUUGGCCAGCCCUAAGGAACUGGGUUCUCUUCUAAGUAACCUGAGAUUGCGAUGCUAGGCGUCCAUAGCAACCGUGGCGCCCUGACGCCCUUGCGCGAUUACCAGAAAGCGAGAUUCGGAAUAAAGAGGUCAAGCCUUCCACACUCAUACGUUAAGCCCCGAACUCAGAACAUCGUAGCAGAACGCUGACCUGUCUCCGGUAGUGAAGGAAAUAUCUAACUUAAAACCGUAACAGGGUUACAGUCACCACCUAAAACAUUCCGCUUCCGGGACCAGCAGGCUGUGGCGAGCCGCGGCGCGGACUACGCGGAAACGCCAACAGGCCUGACUCGUGCAGCUUCCGUAGGGGAAGCUCUGGCCGGACUUAGCAGCAUCCAGCUCAAACCGGAAGUAGGGGCGGAGCUAGUAAAGCGUCGGCUCCCCGUCAACGGAAGUGGUUGUUGGAGGCUCUAAGGUAGCUUUAAAUUCCUGCUGUCUCGGGAGCUCGCCCUUUACAGUUGGAGUCGGGUUUCGUGCGACGGAUGGCGGUGGACGUGAAGUCGCGAGCAAAGCGUUAUGAAAAACUGGACUUCCUCGGGGAGGGACAGUUUGCCACGGUUUACAAGGCCAGAGACAAGAACACCAACCAAAUUGUCGCCAUUAAGAAAAUUAAACUUGGACAUAGAUCAGAAGCUAAAGAUGGUAUAAAUAGAACAGCCUUAAGAGAGAUAAAAUUAUUACAGGAGCUAAGUCAUCCUAAUAUAAUUGGUCUCCUUGAUGCGUUUGGACAUAAAUCUAAUAUUAGCCUUGUCUUUGAUUUUAUGGAAACUGAUCUGGAGGUGAUAAUAAAGGAUAAUAGUCUAGUGCUGACACCAUCACACAUCAAAGCCUACAUGUUAAUGACUCUUCAAGGGUUAGAAUAUUUACAUCAACAUUGGAUUCUACAUAGGGAUCUAAAACCAAAUAACUUGUUGCUGGAUGAAAAUGGAGUUCUAAAACUGGCAGAUUUUGGCCUGGCCAAAUCAUUUGGGAGCCCCAAUAGAGCAUAUACACAUCAGGUUGUAACCAGGUGGUAUCGGGCCCCCGAGUUACUAUUUGGAGCUAGAAUGUAUGGUGUAGGUGUGGACAUGUGGGCUGUCGGCUGUAUAUUGGCAGAGUUGCUUCUAAGGGUUCCUUUUUUGCCAGGAGAUUCAGAUCUUGAUCAACUGACAAGAAUAUUUGAAACUUUGGGCACACCAACUGAGGAACAGUGGCCUGACAUGUGUAGUCUUCCAGAUUUCGUGACAUUUAAGAGUUUUCCUGGAAUCCCGUUACAACACAUCUUCAUUGCAGCAGGAGACGACUUGUUAGAUCUCAUACAAGGCUUAUUUUUAUUUAACCCAUGUACUCGAAUUACAGCCACACAGGCAUUGAAAACUAAGUAUUUCAGUAAUCGGCCAGGGCCAACACCUGGAUGUCAGCUGCCAAGACCAAACUGUCCACUGGAAACUUUAAAGGAACAGUCAAAUCCAGCUGUAGCAACAAAACGGAAGCGAACACAGGCCUUGGAACAAGGAGGAUUACCCAAGAAGCUAAUUUUUUAGUUACAAAGAUCACUGGACAGUAUUUUACUACUGAAGGAAAUAGUCCAAAAGGCAAUUAAUGGAAAAAUAGUAAACGUUAAGUGAAUGCUGUAGAAGGAAUUUGUAAAUAUUCUACACAUGUAAAAUAUGUAAAACUGGAUUAUUUUUAUUAAAUGUAUUUUAAAACAAACUUAAUUCUGAUUUUUCUGAUGAGAGUGCAAAAGUAAGAUUAAAUUCAAUUCUCUGAAACGUAGAAUUGAAAAUUCAUUAAGGAAACCUUAAUAAAAAUAAUCAUCAGUUAUUUUGAUGACCUGGCCCGUCUAGCUUCACAGAUUUAUAGUAGUAUUUAAAAAUAGGGUAGUAGGGGUAGAGGUAGUAUUUAAAAAUGGAAGCAGUAGUAGUAAUGUAGCAUAUACCUACGACCUAGACUUAACAAAUGUUAAUAUACUAAAUAGGAAAAAAAAGAUAAAACUACAAAUGAAAUUGAGGUCCCUUUAAUAUGCCAUUCCAUUCUUUUCCUUUUUGGCUUCCCAAAAGGGAAGCGACUCUCAGGAAAUGAGGGUCUUUCCAUGAUUUUAUCCUGCUAUUUUAUAAAAAUGCAUGUAGUAAUAUACAGUAUUGUUUUGAGUCUCCAAGUUUUAUAUGAAUGAUAGGCUAUCUCAUACUAUAAUUUAUUUUUACUCAAAGCUUUUUUAUUUCUUCCAUGUUAACACAUAUAUAUCUAAUUUAUUUAACAGCCAUCUAAUAUAUAAACAUACAUCUAUCUUACGUAUACAACACUACAUUCUUAUGCUUUAUUUAUGGACUGUUAUUUUUCUUUCCUGUAUAAAAAUUACCGUAAGUGUAUCAGCAUAAAGUAACACAAAUUUACUAGCUCAUAGUUCUAUAAGCCAGAGAUAUCUGACCUGGCUCAACAGUGGUUUUCACAUAGGUCAAAAUCCAGGUGUCCGUUGAACUGGACUCUUAUCUGAGUUUCUAGAGGAGAAUCUGCUUCUAUGCUUAUUCAGUUCGUGUGAUUUUAAUGCACAUGCUUUCUGUCCCUGUUAGCUGUCAGCCAAGGCUUUUCCCAGCUUCCUAAGACAGUCCACAUGCCUUGUCACAUGGCAUUCUCCAUCUGUAAGCCAGCAGCCGUGCUUAGAAUCUUUUUGGUUUUCUUGUCUGCUACCAAAAAGGGAAGUCUGCUGUCUCAAAAAAAAAAAAAAAAAAAAAAAAAAAAAGGUCACCUGAUUGGAUUAUCCAUAUAUUAAGGUCAAUUUACUUGGGAUUUUAAUCUCUUUAUAGCAGUACCUAGAUUAGUACUUAAAUAAUCAGGAUGGGAAUCGUAAAGUAUGUAUUUUCAAUAAUGUUGAUAUUGCCAUAUUUCCACUGUGUUCCCAAUAGCUAUUCAGUUCUUAAAAAUGAAGAACUCUCCACACCCCACCCCACCCCAUCCCAGGUGCCUGGGUGGAUCAGUCAGUUAAGCAUCUGACUCUUGAUUUCAGCUUUUGAUCUCAAAGUGGUGAAUUCAAGCCCCACACUGGGCUCCUUGCUGCGUACGAAGUAUACUUCCCCUUAUCUUACUCCAUAUAUAAAAACUAACUCAAAUUGGAUCAAAGACCUAAACUCAAGACCUAAAACUGUAACAACUCUUAGAAGAAAAUAUAGAGGAAAAGCUUUAUGACAUUAGAUUUGGCAAGGACUUCCUGGAUAGAACCCCAAAACACAGGCAAGAAAAGUGGGGGGGAAAAAGACAUAGGGCAUCUGAGUGGCUUAGUGGGUUAAGUGUCUGUCUCUUGAUUUUGGCUCAGGUCAUGAUGGGUCAUGAGAUGGAGCUCUGUGUUGGGUUCUGCACUGUGUGUGGAGCCUGCUUGAAAUUCUCUCUCCCCGUCCCUGUCUCCCUGCCCCUUGCUCACGUGCUCUCUCUCUCUGAAAAAAGAAACAAAAAAAGACACUGGACUACGUCAGCAUUUAAAACUUGUAUGUAUCACAGGAGUGUUAAGCAACACAGUGAAAAGAACAGAAGAAUAUAUUUGCAAAUCAUAUAUCUGAUAAAAGAUAACUCAACAAUAAAAUAUUUUAAAAAAUGGGCAAAGGACUUGAAUAGACAUUUCACCAAAGAUGAUCUAGAAAUGGCCAAUAAGCAUGUAAAAGAUGCUCAACAUCACUAAUCAUUAGGGAAAUGCAAGUCAAAACCACGGUGACAUACCCCUUCAUACACAUUAGGAUCACUACUAUAUAUAAAAAAAAAAAUCAUAGAAAGUAGUAAGUGUUGGUGAGGAUAUGGAGAAAUUAGGACCCUUGUGUACUACUGGUUGGAAUGUAAAGUGGUGUAGCUGCUAUGACAAACUGUAGUCUUUGCUUAAAAGAAUUUUAAAGGCAUUUUCAUAUGAUCUAGCAAUUUCACUUCUGAGUUAUAUGCCCCCAAAAUUGAAUGCAGGUUCUCAAAUAUACACGGUCAUCAACACUGUAUGAAAGUAUUUGUUUCCCCUCAUCAUCUCUAGCACUCACAUAAUCUUUGUGAUCUUUCCUAAUUUGGUGUCUCAUUAUCAUUUACUUUUUUUAAACGUCUACUGUUGUUGAAUAGUUCCUCACAUUUGCUUACCAUAUAUAAUCCCUCUUUGUGAACUGUUGAUUUAGAUUCUCUGUCAUUUGGGGAGUAUUCCAAAUUUUAGCAGUUUAAGCAUCUGCAUUUUAUAUAAUACACAUAUACACACAUUAAAAAAGAACAUUUCUAGCUUUUACUGUUUUUUACACUUAGAUAUUAUUGAACAUGCCCAAAUCUUUGCUUUCCUUACCUUUUAUUUCAUAUUAAGUUAUUAUAUGUAUUAGUUCUGUGUAUAUUCUUUAUCAUAUUCCAUUGACCUGUUGGUACCACACUAUUUUAAAUAAUGUAGCUUUAUAUUACUACCAGGACAAUGCAAUUUAAUGUCUAAUAACAGUAGUUCCUCAUCAUUACUCCUUUUUUCAAAAUUUAUUUGCCAAAGUUCAUCUUUUAUUAAUAUUUAUUAAAGCCAACUAAAUGUUCUUGCUUUAACACAACUAUAAAUGGUUUCUAUUUUAUAUUGUUACUUCAUUUUACCCUGUUGUUACCUCAUCUAUAAGUAGUAUUCAAUGUAGCCAUAUAUCUUUUUUUUUUUUUUUUUUUUU